AUGUGUACUUCUGCCAUGAGUAAUCAUUUAAAAUCAAAACAUCAAGAGAAGUUUAAUUUGCUGAACAAAGGCAAAGACAAAGACGUACCUACGCUGCUUCUGGAGCCUGCCGUUCCUGUUUCUAGUACAAGAAGUUCGUCUUCGACAUCGAUGGAAAAGCAGCUAACUUUGUCCGAAUCAUUUGAAAGAAAACUGAUUUGGGGCGUUAGUGACCCAAAGGCGAAAAAAUAUCAUUAUUUAAUUGCAGAAAUGAUUGCACUAGAUAAUGAGCAGCUUUGCAUCGUAGAAAGGGUUGGAUUCAAAAGACUCCUUUAA